AUGUAUCCAAGAGUAUCUGAAUAUCAUUCAGCUGAAAAGAAGAUAAUGUCAGUGAUGGAGGGAGAUUCUGUCACUUUAAACACUGCUCUUACUGAAAUACACAGAAAUGGUCUGAUACUGUGGAUAUAUGAACAAAAUUCAGACACUCUUAUAGCUGAAAUCGGUAAACAGACCAGCAUUAUAUAUGAUAGUGGUGAGAAUAAACAAUUCAGAGACAGACUAAAGACAGAUAAGCAGACAGGAUCUCUGACCAUCACAAACAUCAACAAAUCUCACUCUGGACUUUAUAAAGUACAGAUCAUCAGUAAAAAAGGAGUCACAUACAAGAUCUUUAUCAUAGAUGUCUAUGGUCUGACUGUUCCAGUCAUCAGUGAUUCUCCACAAAACUCAAAAAAAUCAUCAGAGCAGAAAUGUUCAUUGCUGUGUUCAGUGUUAAAUGUGAGUCAUGUGACUCUCUCCUGGUACAAAGGAAACAGUUUAUUGUCCAGCAUCAGUGUGUCUGAUCUCAGCAUCAGUCUCUCUCUACCUCUGGAGAUUGAGUGUCUGGAUGAUUCAUACAGCUGUGCAGUUACUUAUUCAUUCACCAACCAAACUAAACACAUCAACAUCACUGAUCGCUGCCAGACAUGUUCAGACGGUCCACAUGUGUCUGUCAAACUUCUGUUAAUUGCUGUAUUUCUGCCACUGCUAGUGGUCUCAGUUUUAGCUGUGCUGAUAUUCUGUUACUGCAGGAGCAAAAGAACAGCACAUAAAGGAUGUAAACCAACAACAUUGUCAGAAUGA